AUGGAUAGGGGUUGGUUGAAGCACGAGAAUCGAUUUUCUGCUAAUUAUGUGAAGGGUGUUGAGUACUUUGUAGGGGUUUCCAAAGCAUGUGUUGAUGGUAGUGGUAGAAUUAGGUGUCCGUGCAGAAAAUGCAACAAUUGUUGCUUUAAAACAAUAGAUCUUGUGAAAGCUGACUUGUUCCUCAAUGGGAUGGUAGAGGAUUAUAGUUUGUUGAUAUAUCAUAGAGAGGACUCUGAUAUUGGUGGUAGCGGGGAAACUGAUAAUUUAGAGGACACUGGUCAUAAUGAUAUGCAUGGUUUUGACAUUGAAAUGCCUUCCAUGUUGAAUGAUUUGAGCCGAGCUAAUGCUGCUAGGUUUGGCACAUCAGGUUCUGAAUCUAUGAAUGAGGGUUUUGGGGGAGUGAAUCAGGAUCCAGCCUUAGCUAAACUACUAAAAGAUGCUAACUGUCCUCUUUAUCCUGGGUGUAAGAAAUUUUCAAAGUUGUCCUUCAUUAUGAAAAUGAUGAAUAACAAAAUGUUUACCAAUAGUAGCGACAAAGCAUUUAAGCUGAAUUUGGAUCUAAUUAAGGAAGCUUUACCAAAUGGAGAGAAUCUCCCUAAUUCGUAUUAUGAGGUGAAGAGGUACAUUCAUGACCUCGGGUUUGGUUAUACCAUUAUAGAUGCAUGGCCUAACAACUGUGCCUUAUUCCGAGGUCCUUUCCAGAACGAAAAGACGUGUCCCAAGUGUAAGAAAUCUAGGUAUAAACCAGGCAUUGGGAAGGAUAUUCCCAUUAAAACAACUAGGUAUUUCCCUAUAAAGGAUAGGCUACUUAGGCUGUUCAUGACAAAGGAGCCAAGGACAUGA